CAAAUUACAGCCCACAUUGAAACCGUCGAGGAAGCAUACCAUCGUCGAGAGAAAUGGAAAGAAGGUGGGAUGAAGUAUUCAAUUUUCUCUCUUGUGGCGCUUAUCCCGCAGAGAUGACCAGAUGUCAACGGCAGACCCUCAGAAAAUAUGCAGCAAAAUUUUCCAUUCAUGAUGGUGGACUAUACUAUGGAAAAACACCCACAAGGAGAGCAGUGAAAUCAAAGGAGGAAGCUGUGAGUCUGUUCCAGAUCUAUCAUUCAACUCUCAAGAGUCGACACACUGGCGUCCAAAAAACGAGAGCUGCCCUGUGCAGCAGAUUUUUUUGGAAAGGCAUUACCACCGACGUUGAUAAAUGGGUGUCAGAAUGUGAAUGUUCAAAAGUGCGGCCACAUCUAAAAAUCAUCAAGAUAUAUUCAGAAGAUUGGGAAGGGGUACGUGAGAAAAAACCAAACGUUCGUUGUACUGCAAUGGCGGCUCACGAAGAAUUCUUCCCAGGCAUUCCCAAGAUCCAAUAUGUUCCCAAUGCUGGCCCAGGAGAUGUCAUGUGUUUCAAACACUAUCAUGCAGAAGAGGUUCUUUUGGGGAAGACGAUGGAGGACUGGCUGAGAUUCUCGGUCUGCUACUGGCACACUUUCUGUGGAACAGGUGCCGAUCCUUUUGGGCUUCCAACCUUCAAUCGCCCUUGGAAUGAAAAGUCUCCCAUGAAAGCGGCCAAGAUGCGACUGUGUGCUGCUUUUGAGUUUUUUACCAAACUUGGUGUGAAAUAUUACACAUUUCAUGACAGAGACAUGGCACCUGAGGGCUCCACCCUGGAGGAAUCAAACAAGAAUUUGGAUACAAUCACCGAUUUAGCUCUUGAGUUACAGGAGCAGACUGGAGUCAAGGUGCUGUGGGUGACUUGCAACCUCUUUGCCCAUCCAAGGUACAUGAACGGUGCAGCCACCAAUCCAGACUCUCAUGUUCUGGCCUAUGCUGGUGCUCAGGUCAAGAAGGGACUAGAGGUUGCCAAGAAGCUGGGUGCAGAAAAUUUUGUGUUUUGGGGAGGAAGAGAAGGUUUCCACUCUAUCCAUAAUACGGCUGUUGCUGUCGAACUCAGUCACAUGGCCAACUUCUUCAAAAUGGCUAUCAAGUACAAAGAGAAGAUUGGAUUAAAGUGCCAAUUUCUAAUUGAGCCAAAGCCGAAGGAGCCCUGUAAACACCAGUACGACUACGAUGCAAUGAGCGUCAUUGGGUUCCUUAAGCAUUUUGGUCUGGAAAACCACUUCAAGUUGAACAUUGAGCCUAACCACACUACUUUGGCUGGACAUACUUAUGAACACGACAUCGUCAUGGCCUCUGUGUUUGGCAUGCUGGGUUCAGUUGACGCCAACACCGGUUCUCCUGACCUUGGCUGGGACACAGAUCAGUUCCCUAUGGAUAUCAGGAACACAACUUUGGUCAUGAAGACUAUUGUUGAACAAGGUGGCCUGCAGCCAGGAGGCCUAAACUUUGACGCAAAAGUACGCAGAGAGUCCGUUGACCCGGAGGACUUAUUCAUUGCUCACAUUGGCGCCAUGGAUGCAUUUGCACGAGGACUCAGGAAUGCGCUUUCUAUCUGUCAAGAUGGAAUUCUCGAAAACCUGCUCAAGGAGCGCUACUUAAGCUUCAGCCAUGGAAUUGGACUGAAAGUGGAAGAAGGUUCUGCUACUUUGGAGGAGAUGGAGGCUUUUAUCAAGGAGAAUGGUGAGCCGAAAUUAACAUCAGGGAAGCAAGAAAAAUAUGAAUCUAUCUUCAAUUACUAUGUGAAAUAAAGAUUCUUCCAUUGUUGGGACUAUUUUAAAAGACAAAAGGCAUGAGGGCACACGAACUGGUUGCCAGCCCUUGAAAAUGGAGAAAUGUAAUUGUGUUUAACCCAGUGCUUAAACCUCGGAGAACACAUUCAACUAAUUGUACUGUUUCAUUAUUUCAUUUGUAAUAGUAAUACGGUCUUGGGUGUAAUGCAGAACAUUAAAAGCACAUUCAAUGGACUUUUAUUGUUGUUAAUUAAAUAGCCCAGAUAAUGCUAUGAAAACGAUUACAAAACAUGUUCAUAUGCAGUUCAAGUGUAUGUGUGAUCAAACUAUUACACAACACUUCAUUUUGCUGCAAUAUUAAUUUAUUAUUCAUGUGGAAAGUAUAAAGAUUUAAAAAAUAUGAGCCAACAGUACAUCAGCCAAUUAUGAAUUUUUCUUUAAAUAUUUAUAAUACACACAGAGCAUCGAUCUGACAAUUAAUAUACAGAAAUGCAAUAUACAGAAAUGAAUGUACCUUUUAAUCCUCACCACAACUAUUUUGUAGUCAUUUUCUAUGAUAUAUAGUACAGGCCAAAGGUUUGGACACAUCUUCUCAUUUGUGCUUUUUCUUUACGUUAAUGACUAUUUACAUUGUAAAUUCUCACUGAAGGUAAUAAAACUAUGAAUGAACACGUGUGGAAUUAUGUACUUCGCAAAAAAAAAAAAAAAAAAAGGUGAAAUAACUAAAAACGUAUAAUAUUCUAGUAUCUUUAAACAAACAGUUUGCUGAAGACAUGUCAACAAAGCACAUGGAUUACUGGAACCAUGUCCUAUGGUCUGAUGAGACUGGCAGGCUUUCUUGUGUACUGUCUUCAGAAGAGGCUUCCUCCUGGGGUGACGUCAAGCCAUGCACACCAAGUUGAUGUAGAGUGCGGCGUACUGUCUGAGCACUAACAUGCUGACCCCCCACGUCUUCAAUCUCUGCAGCAAUGCUGACAGCACUCCUGUAACGAGUCACAUGACAUUUUGGAGGGAAAAUGACAAGCAGUACUCAAUUUGGACAUUUAGGGAUGUACGUUUUUUCAAAGGGGUGUACUCACUUUUGUUGUCAGGGGUUUAGAUAUCAUUGGCUAUAUUUUGAGUUAUUUUGAGGGGAAAAUAAAUUUAAUCUAAUAUAUAAGCUGUACACAGACUACUUUUCAUUGUGUCAAAAGUGUCAUUUUGUCAGUGUUGUCCCAUGAAAAGAUAUACU